CCAAAACCGCUUCAACCUUUCAAAGCCAUUCCUAUCUCACUCUCACAGUCUCACUAUGAGGCACUAACAUAGACAAACUAUUUAUCAGUAUAUCACUAUAUAUAUUCGCCGCUGUACACACAAACCCUAAGUCUCUAAUGGCUUCGUCUAAGAGAUCAAUGUCGACGACGAUGAUGACGGGAAGAGACAAAGUCCGUUCAAUCUUCGACAGAUUCGAUGCCAACCGUGACGGAGGCCUCAGCCGCGACGAGAUGGGUGCGCUUGUCACCACUGUCAACCCAAACGUCAAGCUCAGCUCCGAUCAGGUCUCAGCCAUUCUUGACGAAGUUUUCCGAUCGUAUUCCGAUUUCAUCGAAAAUCCUUUAACAGGUCUCUCCUUCAAAGGCCUUCUUCGCAUCUAUGAUGAAGGCGCCGGCGACGUUGACAGGGAUUACUCAGCUCUCUUCCAUUCCUCUCUGGUCAUCUCCACAACCCAAUUGAAUGAAGCUCCUUCUAAUUCCCAUUCGUAUUCGAUGAUUGUUUUAGCCGAUAAGUCGACGACGACGGGGACUACUCAGAGAAUCGCAACCCUUAGGGUUGCAGCUGCUUGGGCCAAGUCGCCCAACCAUGGUGUCGAAUAUGAUGAUACGUGGAAGCUUGUUGAGGAUCUGGAGAUAGUUAUCAGAAGGAGAAUUGAGGAUUGUACUUGUGGUCACAAGAAGGAUUUUAGAGUAGAACGUGAUCAUAAGAGGUUCGUCUGGGAUGAGAAUUGUGGGGAUUUUAGGACACUUUUGAAGGAGGUGAGGGAGAUUCGGGUUUCCAUUGAUCGGAAUUUGUCAAGGGAAGAGGCUUUUGAUGGGCAUAUGGCGAUUGGACAGACCCUGCUUUAUUAUAAUCUUCUUACAGAUGCUCUUCAGAGCUUCCAGCGCGCGGUGGAUUUGAGCCCUAUUGAUGUUCGGGCGCAAUUCGAGAUAGGCUACUGUUUAUACUUGUUAGGGAGGUCGAAAGAGGCUAAGCUUAGCUAUAUGUUGGGUCUGGAGUUGGCAGCUGAGACCAAUUCGAACAGAUGGUGGGGACUGUUACCAAAGCUACACAUACAAUUGGGGAUUGUUUUGAAAAGAGAAGGGAUGUUGCUCUGUGCAUGUGAGCAUUAUCGUGAGGCCUUGGUUCUGUGUCCAACAAAUGAUCGGGCUUUUCGGCUCUUGGGGACUGCGUUGCUUCAACUAGGGGAGUAUAGGGCCGCAGAGAAGGCAUUAGAGGAGGCAGUGCUCUUGAAACCGGAAUUUGCAGAUGCCCAUUAUUAUCUCGGGUCGGUUCUUCAUGAAAUGGGGGAGGAUGAGAGAGCAAUUUUGGAGUUUCAGAGGGCCAUUGAUCUAAAUCCCAACCAUUUGGAUGCUCUGUACGAGCUUGGUUGCUUGUUUCAGGACAUGGGUCGGUAUCAUAGGGCUGCAGAGAUUUAUGAGAGAGUUAUGGGGAUUCAACCAAACUAUUGGCGAGCUCAAGUGAACCGACUAGCCUUAAUGUGGAGAACAGGGAAAGAUGUGGAUGUGGUGAAUGUGUACAAAGAGGGCCUCAGCAAGAUGACAGACUUUGCUGAGUUACCUCAAUUAACGGCACAUAUAAUGGCGCAGUUGGAGAAAAAAAAUCAAGGUGGUCAUGACUUGAGUGCGUGGGCUAAGAUAAAGAAGGGUUUGGCAGAUGGAGUGCAUGUGAUCAAAAGGGUAACUGAGAAAACCAAGAGGGAUUGUCCUGGCUUUGCCCUUCACAUCUGGGACUUUCAGAGGAUCACUACAUUUCAUCUAUGUGAUGUUUCUCUUCUGAAUAAGGAGAUUGAAGAAUGGAAACCACCCGUUUCAUAUUCAGAGAGUGAGGAACCAAAGAGGCCAUUGAUAAGUAAGGCAACAUUAGAGUUGAUUUUGCGGAAGUUGCUUCACUACCUAACACCAGAAGAUUUUCGGGUAACAGUUGUAAAAGUUAACCAAAAAAUUUUGCGAGUCUUGGAUGCUACCGGUUCUGGGAGAAUCGACUUGGGCAUGUUUUAUGCUGUCAUUGCUCCCAUCUGUGCUGGGGAACCAGGGAAUCGCAAGCGUGCGGCCUUUGAUGCUCUAUUAUGGCGGGGCACGAGGAGGAAUGAUGGUCAAGAUGUAAUACAGAAGGUUGAUGCAUUAAUCUACAUGAGGUACUUGAGACUCAUUUAUUUAUCUUCUCCUCAAGGAUAUCGUGACCAAUUGGUAGUCCACGUAGAAGAGGAUGAGAACACUAUGGUUUCAUUCCCUGAGUUCCUCCAAAUAUUUGAUGACCACAGACGGGGCUUUGGCAUCUUCAGCACUUUGGUGAACCUUGAAAUCCAUGGCAGGUUCCGUCGUGAUGAGCAUUCUUGUGAUGUAUGCAGGUACCCAAUGCUUAGGCGUAGAUUUAAAAUAAGGAUUUAUCUCUUCAGCCUCUGUAUGAAGUAGUGAAGGAUAAGUUGAAAAGCUAGUUCGAUAACAUUAUGUGGAAAACCCUUUUGGGGAACCAUGACCAUCUAUCUUACUGGUUCUUUUCCUUUAUGUCACUUAGGUUGUAAUGUUUUUUCCUUUUCAUUUCACUUGUCUAAAGAAACAAAAUCAUUAGGUA